UUGGUAAUGAUGAACAUCGUUCUGAGUUUCACGUUUUGCUUGUUCAUAGUCGUCACAGCCGGCUCGACUGAUCUUGCUGCUGCUCCAAGUAUUCAAGUUGUUGGUGGAAAUGAAGCUGCCAGAUAUCAGUUUCCUUACAUGGCUACUCUAUACAUGCAUCCGUCAAAUGCUGUUUGUGGAGGCUCUUUAAUAACAACUAAAACCAUCCUGACUGCAGCCCAUUGCAUUCAAGAUGUAGCGCCCGGAAAUUGGACGAGCAUCGUGUUUGGAAGUCUAGUGUUAGAUAAGUAUCCACCAGACGAACCAGAUCAAAUCAUCAAAAAUGCAACAGGCGUACUCUGGCACCCCAAUUUCUCAACGGAUUCGUUUGGUGUUUACAACGACAUUGGAUUGGUUUUCUUCCAGCCUGUUCCGCUUGGACGUGCUAUAGCUGUUGUCGCAUUGCCAACGAGUGCAAGCAAUAACUAUUUAAAUGCUAACGUUGUACUGACUGGAUGGGGAAUGACCUCAAGCACUACUAGUUCACCGAACUUACAUUACGCGUACACCAAAGUGAUAUCUAACCUCAACUGCAGGCUACAGACAAUCCCUUUCUCUAUACAAUCUUCGCAUGUGUGUACCAGUGGAACCGCUGCAGGCGAAGAUGUUGGAGCUUGUGCCGGAGACUCAGGAGGACCAGUCGUAACAACAGGUACUAAUCCGGUGCAGAUCGGCGUCAUAAGCGUUGGUGGUACUUGUAGUGGCAGCAGACCUACAAUUAAUACAAGAAUCACCUCACAUUUGACUUGGAUAAACGCCAAUAAAAUCUAACGAAACAAAUGUACUUAUUAUCGUUUCGAAUGCAAUAAAAUUGUCGUUUUGGCAAAAAG